AUUUUACUUGAGAUUCCUCUGGCGUUCCGACGAACAUUGCGUAACUGUAAGGCGUCUAUGUCUGACCUUGGUCUCCGCAUUGUGACAAUGCAUUGUCUUUUGCUGAGAUUUAUCAAUGUGAAGAAAGUUGUUGUUGCUACACUUUUUUCCAUGUGUUUCAUUAAGAUAGGUAUGUCUUUAUUGUGCUUGCUUUGGAGCGUUGACUAUGGUUUUUUUAUUUUGCUUUUGAAGUCUAAAGCGAAUUCAUUGAUUAAUUCCACCGUGUUCAUUGGUAAGUGUGAUAGUUUGUUGACUUUGUGUCAUGCUCCAAAAUUACUUUCAUGAAUGCGCGGCUUAGAAAGAUAUGAAGGGGGACAUCUUAUUGUUCUUUUUUAAAAGCAUCGAGUAAAAAAUGCAGUUGAGUGAGUAUUGACUACAUUUGGUGUCGAAAUGGAGGCAGCCAAGGUUGAAUUAGGUACGACAUACAAAAGGGAGCAUUCCUUUUUAAAAU